GCUCACCAACACAGUGGACGGCUUCAACUUGUUUGUCCGCUAUGUCCACGCCAGUCAUGAGCGAAAGAUCAGAGAGUUACGGAAGAAGUGGGACAAGUCAGCGCUGGAAGAGGCCAUGUCCAUGUCCCAGCUACUGGCUUCGUUCAUUGUGGAACUGCAGCAGCAGCAUGCGGUGAGCACAGCACUCAUUGAAGAGAAAGCUAUCAAUCCAUUUUUGAGCGGAGACGCCAACCUGGAAUUGGAACUACAAGCAGCAGUGAGUGAGUGCAAAGCCGACGCGCAGCCAGCGGACAUCUCAGUGUUCAAGGAAAUUUUGGCCGUGAUCCUAUCCAAACGUGACUCAAAACUUGCAGCAACUGGCCAAGGACCCCGCAUAACCGCCGGAGAAUUGGAGCUCCAAGCCUUCAAUGUGAUGAUGGCAAGCGCCGACCACGAUGUGGCCGCAUUUUCUGCAUGGCGCCUAAAAUGCUCAGAUAGAGAAAGCGCACAGUAUUUUCAGCAGUUACAGCACAGCGCCCGACGACAGAAACAAGCAAGGGAAAUAGCAGCCAGCGUGACCGAGGCCGGACCAACGUGGCUAAUGCAAUUGGAAGUUUUCCAGAAGCAGGACAGCGCCAAUUUUGCUACCGUCUCUGCAGCAAAUUUGUGUGGUGGCAUCGUGAACGGGCUCGGUCGCUCCAUCGGAGUCUGCCUAAGCCCCAUUCACUUUUACAAGCGCGGGAGCUUGCGCAAAGCCGAACAGACAUGCCUGACCAUGUUGACAAACGCAGCUUUAAACAGCGAUUUGCGGUUCGCCCUGGCAUAUGCCUGCAAGACAGACGAGCGCGAGAAACGCCCCAUGCUGCAGCCCGGCAUCAUCCUACUCCCUGGUGGACCGGAUGAGUCGGCUUCUCACAAAGUGGUGUGGCAAACAUGGCGGGCAUCCGGUAUGCUAAGCAAAGGCGCCAUCACAGAGGUCACAAUGAACCCAUCCAACUCAAUGCACGUGAUUGAGGACAUGCGGGACGAUGCGCUUCCAGACUCAUCGGACACCGCCACUCAUGUCUCUCAGGCAGAGAAGAGUAUUCAGAUAGGGGAAGACGCUGCGCGCAAGCUGCUGCAGGCUGCAUUGCCUCAAGGUUUGAGCCGCGCAGCUAUCUUGAUUUGUGAUCUGUCCGCUCACACCCUGGACCUAGCAAAGGCGGUGUACCGUGAGAAGGUUGCAAAAUCCAUCACGACACCCUUGUAUUAUGUAGGCUUUGCCGAGAACGAUGCCGAGAAAGAGUGGCAAACGCAUCAUCUGCAUGGCUGGCUGAGCGAAGGCUUUUUGAACGGAUCGAUCCCUUUACCGCCGGGAGCACCAGUUCUGAUGUCUAAAGAUUUGCCAGCUGAAUCAGUCAGCGCGCUUCCACCCAAGCCGGACCUCAGCACGCUCAAUUGGUCACAGAAAAAGGACAGCAGUGGUCUUCCGUCACUGGUGACACCGCCCAAGUUACUGACAGCGUGGCAUGACCAUGCGGUGUACGGUGGUCAGUUUCAGGAAUGGCUAGCCCGAACACGGGCCGCCAUUCCACUGGACCUCGCUGAAUGCGCUUCGGCAAAGGCAGCCGCAACCAAUAAAAGAGCCGCUGGCCAGGCGGAUGCUUCGGUCCAGCCACCUCAAAAAAAUCCGCGAGGCAGCCCCGACGAGGAAGAGGAUGCCGCUGCAGCUACUACCAUGGCAGCAGCCACCAUCCCUGCCACAGAUGUGCCAAAGCCUUUGGCGUGGCAAGCAACACUGCCAGGAAACCAGACCAAAGGAAAAGUCGGCAAAUUAGUGAUCGCGGUCGGAAAGCGUGUGUUCGUGGUGAAUGACAGCACUGCGGAUCUGCUCUUGCCAGCGGGCUCCACACUUGCGGGCUACUACAAAGGAAAAUUUGUGUCUUUCAAAGGCAAAAAUGCCGACGAUGAGCAGCGGUCUGGGGAUGUGCACUUCAAACUACAAGAUGCCAGCAGCAUAGUCCUCUACGAGGGCAAACUGAUUCCUGCGGGCACUGUCGUGGCGCAGAAAAAGGCGGUGACACCCUUGACCGCGAAAGUCUGCUACCACGAAAUUGUCGAGCAACCCACUGCAGCUGACAGCAAGUUUUUCACCCUGACAGUCACCAACCCGAUUGCAUUUCGACCCGAAAAUGCCCCAACGAGCGAAGACAAAAAGGACAAAGACGGUUGCCACAGUCUCCCUCAGUCAAGCAUGGCUGGCUGCUUGGAAGCCCAUGAGUGGGAAACUAAGCAUACCAGCGUUGCCUGGGUCAUGAAGUGGCAAGCCAGAGGCUUGCAGCCGGUGCGGCCCGUAGUGGUCAUGACGCAGAAGCUAUCAGUGAAAGCCGGGGAGGCGGUCGAAUUGGUCAAGUAG